GGGAAGAGUUGGGGAAAGCCCAGGGUGUUCAAGAACGACCGAGAACCCAUGUUCGGGAACGGACUGGUCAUGACCGAGGGUGACCAAUGGGUCCAUCACAGGCAUGUCAUCACCCCAGCUUUCUCUCCUGCCAACCUCAAGGGAAUGGCAAGCUUAAUGGUGGAAUCAGCCAACAAGAUGCUGGAGAGGUGGACAGCUCUCAUAAACUCCGGAAAGCCCGAAAUUGAUGUUGAGAGAGAGAUCAUAUCAACAGCAGGGGAGAUCAUAGCCAAGACCAGUUUUGGCAUUAUCCACGAAGAUGGCAAGAAAGUUCUCGAGAAACUGCGAACCAUGCAGGUCACUCUCUUCAAGACAAACCGUUUCGUGGGCGUGCCUUUCAACCAAUUCAUUGUCCCCAAACAAUCCCUAGAGGCAAAAAGACUGGGAAAAGAAAUCGACAACCUGCUACUGUCAAUCAUCGAUGAUCGCAAGACAGGCGUAGUGGCAAAUAACCAGAAGGACUUGCUUGGAUUGUUGCUCGAAGGGAACUCCGGAAAUGGAAAACUAGGGAAGAGUUUGACGACCAGAGAGUUGGUGGACGAGUGCAAGACGUUCUUUUUCGGGGGUCAUGAGACGACAGCGUUGGCUCUGUCGUGGACGUUGCUGCUUUUGGCCAUGCAUCCCGAGUGGCAAGAUCAGCUCAGAGAUGAGAUCAAACAAGUGGUUGGUGAUAAAGAGAUUGAUCCAACCAUGCUUGCCGGACUAAAGAAGAUGGGAUGGGUGAUGAAUGAAGCCCUGCGGCUGUAUAGCCCAGCACCAAAUGUGCAAAGACAGGUGCUAGAGGAUAUUAAGGUAUAUGAUAUGGUGAUCCCUAAGGGAAUGAACAUGUGGAUUGAUGUGGUGUCAAUGAACCAUGACCCCAAUCUGUGGGGAGACGACGUGAACCAAUUCAAGCCGGAGCGGUUCAAGGAGGACUUACUCUAUGGCGGAUGCAAGCACAAGAUGGGGUUUCUGCCAUUUGGGUUCGGAGGGAGAAUGUGCAUCGGUCGGAAUUUGACCAUGAUGGAGUACAGGAUUGUCUUAACCCUAAUUCUCUCCAAGUUCUCCUUUGCUGUUUCACCAAACUACCGCCAUUCUCCUUCCAUUUUGCUCUCUCUUAGACCUUCCCAAGGCUUGCCACUCAUAGUCAAACCUCUUUAGGAUAGUCGGCAAUAGUACAUCUUUAAGUUAAAUAGUAAUAAGGUAUAUCCAGUUACUAAUGGAGAACCUGUUGUACUUGUCAAUAGCAAUAUUAGGGACAUACACAGGGUCUAUGAACUCAGCUGCAUGAGUAUCCAUUAUAACUUAUGUAUUCACGUUCU